AUGGGAUCUAAACAAAGCACUGCAAACAGUCCGUCCCGCAUUGUCUCUCGCGGCGAAAACUCCAGCACAAUCGGCGGCUCAUUCUCCUCUUCGACACCCUUUCGCAGCGGUAGUCACGCCGCAGAGGCUACCGAACAGCUGAAUAAUGGUCGUGAUACAAAUUGGCGGCAACGUGCACGUAGCUUAACCGCAGUCAUAAGUUCCGAUUCCCGGCCAUCUCACUCUAGUGCCAUUGAUGUGCUCUCGCCAUUCGGUAUGUCUCCCUCGUCCGAUAUUCUUUCAGUGUCAUCAAACGAUGACCACUUGUCCGCCUCCUACGGCUAUACUGCUCACUCACUUCCUGUUCACUUUUUUCCAAUUAACGGCUUCAAAUGUCCUUUCUGUUCAAAGACAAUCUUACCUGACGAUGUUGAAUGCCACCUGGUAAUGUGCAUUACAAAGCCUCAGCUAAACUACAACGAGGACAUUUUGAGAGAUGACAAAGAGGAAUGUGUAAUUUGCCUUGAGGAAAUGCUAAAAGGCAACAAAAUCGCUCGUCUUCCGUGCUUGUGCAUAUAUCACAAACAGUGCAUCGAUGCCUGGUUCGAAGUGAAUCGCUCCUGUCCUGAGCACCCGGCAGACUAG